AUGGGCUCUGUUAUGAACCGAGGUUAUCUCUGUUUGCACAGAUUUAAUGGCUCUGUCCCAUUCCUUUCUCUCUGCAAAUCCACGCGAGAGCGCCGGCUUCUUUGUGGGCUGCUAGACGAGCAAUCAGCUUUCUUCCUCACUCCAAAGAGCCCCCCAGGGGGCCUUCAAGGAGGCCUUGCAGGAGCACACGAGGCGCCUACGAGCCCUCUUCAGGGAGAGCUUCAGGACUUACACAAGCAGAAGGCUUGUUUUGAAGCUGUAUACAACCAGAUGCACGGAGGCCCUGCCAUCGAGGCGCUGACAUACGGCAGGAUAACCCCAUCUGAUAAAGAGGCACUCCCAACCGGGGUUUGCUGGGGUGGACCUCGUGAAUUGUUACAGGGGCCUUCAGCGGUAGCGGCUUACUACAACUUCUUGGCCUCUCACUCCUUUUCCGUUUGUCUGCCGUUUCGCUUGAGGGCUAUAGGAACACCCUUUGCGGGCCUGCACAAGGCUCUGGACGGAACUGGGGCCUCGGCUGGAGCCGAACCGGGUGGGGCCCCCUUGCGCUCAAUUGGGGGCUGUCAGGGAUCCUUUAGCCUGAACGCUCUGUACUCUAUUGAGUUGUUCUUCUCUCACUCUCCCCACUACCGUCCGCUCCACAGUGUUUGCAUACCUUUCCUGCAAAGCCCAAUAGCAGGGCCUGAAGGCGGGACUGCGGUAGGCGCUCAGGCGGAGGCGUGGAGCCCCCUUACGAAAAGUGAAGAGAAGAUACUCCAAGAGGCCUCUGAGGACGCAUUUCCGUUUAACUACGAAAUAAUCCUCAAGCUUGAGCCCCUUGAGCCCGUGCCCACCGUCAUAUCUGUGGGGGUUCGAUUCAGUGAUGAAAGAGGCGCCACGUACUCGGGCAGCUUGCCGCCCUUUUCCGUUUCCUUUCAGGACCUUUUCCUGCCGGUCUGCGCACCCCCCGAAUUCCGUGCCGUUCUUUUUGAUGCCAUAUGGAAGAAGACGGAUACUGCUAAAUCGGUCAAGACGCUUGACUUGAAGAGCACAGUGGUGAAGCAAAUGAUCGAAAUGUCUUUGAGACCCUUUUUAAUUGAAGAAGACUUCUCAGUAGAGACAGAAGCCUUCGACUUCUGUCGGGACCAGUACCUACACGAGUACCCGGAACCUCUAGGUGAGGCAGGUGAGGCUUCUUCGGCAGCAUUUGCAUUAGGAGCCGCUCCCCUAGAUGGCGCCACAGUAGUGGAAGCGCCGAGUUCCCCGUCCGUGCCGGGGAUUGUUUCUGGCCAAGGGGCUCUUCAGGGGGUAGACUGGCAAGCAGCAGAAGUCCCAGACAUGGCAGAUAAUGCUGAUACUGCCGCAUUCGACGUAUUCGUGGAUGACUAUUUCAACGGCCAAGUCCCUUACAGCGAUAUCUUCAAAGACUCUACAGACACCGAAAGAAGCGUGCAGGGCGGGCUGGAUGCCUCCUCUACUGAGGCUUCAGGAAUCCCCGUGCAAUCCCCUGCCACUGGGCCCCAACUAGAUACCAUGCGUGCACUUAUCUUCCUCCCUCCACGCUACCACCUGUUGUUCAAGUUCACUGUUUCCCCCAAAACCACUUUAGUUCGCUGCGCUACAGACAGGUGGGAAGCGCUGGGCUACCUCGACGCCUUCUUCUCGAGUUGCUACGCACUAGCCCUCUCUGCGGGCCACUCGGUGGGUCCUUGA